GAUGACGUUUUGAUUUUUAGGAAAGCGAAAAGCGAAAAUGACGUGUCUCUCUCAUCAGUCUCAUCUGAGCUUAGCUAACCUUAUUAAUUUUUAAAAGCAAUCAAACGAUGCAGAUUUGAUUAUUAUAACUUAAAUAGUUCAAAAUGAAUUCGUUUUUAUUACUGCUGUCUAUCUUUAGUUUUGUAUUAAUCGUUCGUUGCCAAAGAGCUCCGCCGGGUGUAAAUCCUCAACAUUAUCAACAUCAACAGUAUCAAGCUCCUCAACAAUAUCAACAAGUACCACAACAACAAUACCAAGUGCCUCAGCAGCAGUUUCAGCAGGUACCACAGAGAGCACCACCUCAGCAGGUACCACAACAACAGACUGUACCUCAACAACAGCACAUACCACAACAACAGAACAUACCACAACAACAGCACAUACCACAACAGCAAGUACCUCAACAACAGCAGCAGGUACCUCAAAAGCAAGCGCCUCAGCAACCUGUUCAACAUCAACAAGUUCCACAAGCUGCCCAUGAUCAUGCUCACCAUGGACAACAACAUUUACUAAAUGCUCAAAAUAUUGCCCAAGAAAAGGAUCAUAUUGCUGAACAUUUAAAUGUACCACUUGAUACAAGCAAAAUGUCCGAACAAGAAAUUCAGUUUCAUUAUUUUAAGAUGCAUGAUUCAGAUAACAAUAAUAAAUUGGAUGGUUGUGAAUUAAUUAAAUCAUUAAUUCACUGGCAUGAAGAGGGCAGCAAAGAGAAACAGGGACAAAUUGAAGAGAAAAUCUUCAAGGAUGAGGAAUUGGUGAAUUUAAUUGAUCCAAUUUUAAAUGUUGAUGAUGGAAACAGGGACGGAUAUAUUGACUAUCCUGAAUUUAUAAAGGCACAACAAAAAGCCGCCGGCCAACCACAGCAAAAUGCGCACUGACAGCGCCAUUAAAGACAUUUAGUACCUACUUCCACUCAUUACAAAUGAUUAGAAAUAUUUUAGUUUUUUUUCUUAGCCUAAAAGAUACAUUUUUGCGUUCUUGUAAAAGUUUGGUAA